UUCCAUGCUAGCCGAUUACAUUGUUCAACCAUUUUACGCCAAAGUCUCAUUUCACCACUGUUUGUCUACUUAUACUUGCAGCCUCGGCUUGAUCUGCGCCAAUGCUACGCAGCCUCGGCUCAAAGCCCAUACAAUGGGCCUUGCUCGGUGUAUGCACCAUGUUUAUAACAUUCAGAGUGUGGAAACGACUCAAAUACCGACCGAGUCCUCCAGUUGAUACAGUUUUAUCGUUUGAUGUUGCCGACGAGGACUGCUUAUACAGGAUCCAGCGACACUGCAAACACCAUGGCACCCGGGGAGUGUACGUCUGGUUGAAGUGGCCGGACCUAAUCCCUGAAGAAUACCGAACAUACGGACCGAGUGUAAUCCGUCAUUUAUCGAAGCUUGACGAAUGGAAUGGCGGAUGGGAGACAUUGAUUAUUGACAAGGACGACGCUGGCCGUCUACAAGUCCUCUGUGAUGCGUUUCCACCGCACCGCGUAUCUGAGGAUAUGAUUAUUGGCAGCUAUCCAGCCUUUAAUGUAUUCGAUUUGAAAGAUGUCAAAGAAGUCAAAUCACGAACACACAGCUGUAGAAUCCGCGGGAAGAAAUGCUUCGUCAAAAGCGCUCGGUUUGCCUUUGAAAUACCCGCCCUCGAACGAGAGAUAUCCGCCUAUUAUUCUCUUAUACAGUACAAGUCGAAACUUGCACCUGGUUUGGUUGGGUUUGUUUAUGAAGGCAACAAGAGCAGAAUUAUAGGCUUUGCUACGGAGGAAGUGGCUGGACGGUAUCCGACAAUUGACGAUUACGACCUGUGUGAUGAGGCUUUGCAGAAGUUGCAUGGUCUUGGUAUUGUACACGGGGAUGUGAAUAUAUACAAUAUGAUUGUGAUGCGUGACGGAAUCAAGUUACUAGACUUUGAAGAAGCGCGAAUCGACCAGAGAAGGUCAGAAGCGUGGGCACAGCUGGCGCAGGAUGAGCGGCAAACACUACGAGAAAGACUAAGCGAUACAUCAGGUAUUGGAAAGCCAUGGGACUAGUCAUUAUCACCUCGUAUAUUAUAGCUUGUCAUAUGAUGCCACCAGUAGAAUCUUCGUAGUAUGAACCAUCUCAAAAUAUAUUGUCAAAUCUACUCUGAACCUAUAUACACUCAAGCAUAGCUACGAGCAAUAGAUACACUAUUCCUUCUACCAGAAACUUCAAUGCAAAC